AUGAUCCCCUCUGGCGAAGGGAGCGAGGAGUCGCCUAACCCAGCCUCAUCUCAACCUCACCUGGCCAUGACGCCAGAGACAGACUUGUUGGUGGGACGUUCAUACCAGGCACUCGACCGAACUGACAGACAAAGACUCCAUCACAGAGUUUCUUAGCAGUGCAACCCAGACACAAAACAGCCCUGCCCUGCUCAGGAGUUAAUACUGCCAAAGAUGAUCGUCCUUUUUUCUUUCUUUGUGUUUUUUCUCGUCUUUGCUCUGAGGUGGGCUGUAGUUCUGAAUCAUUCUUCAGAUGUGCUGACGUAUUAUUGAGGUGUUCUCAGAUGUCUAUUGUUUGCAGUUGAGGUGUCAUUGGAAUUUGUGAUGUGCUCACGUUGAAUUUGGUCUUUCAAUGUCUUACUGGCAGAGAGGAGGUUUGUUUUGUCAUGGAAAAAGGCGAUGUCACAUGUUCUCCUAUGGGUUCUGGUGUUUGGCCAGAGGGGAAUAUGCAUAUGCCCACAAAGCACCAGAUACGUAUCAGGAUUGAUUCUCCUGUCUUUAGUGACGAAAUAUAAUUGCUCACUAUCUGGUUUUUUUUUUUUUAUUGGUUAUCAGAACUGUUGUCAUCGACAUUGCAAAUAAAUGUAGCUAUUUGAUGUGAAAGUUGAUGUUUAUGGAUAUUUCCUUGUAUUGCAUGUUUAUCAUGUCCUUUGGUUUCAGGCCAUAGGAAAGGGGAAAAGACAAGAAAUCAAGGUUUAUGUGUAGUAAACUUUUAAGGCCUUGGCUAUGACGUGUAUCAGGUUUGAACAACCAAAUGUAUUACCCAAGUAGGUUUCCAAACUUGUUUUCUCAAAGUUCCUGGGGAAAAGCUGGCAUGUAAAAGAAGUAGAGAGUAGAGUACAGAAGAGAAUCUGGACAAUGUGGAUACAUUGCUGUUAACUUUCUUGUGGUCUAAAAAAUAAAGACAGGUAACACAUCUUAACUGUCAUUAUUUAUAACUAAUGUCAUAGGUGACAACGCUAAUUGCUUUCCACCACAGCCGGGGUGUGCCAAUAGGUGGCGGCAAUGUGCCCCAUGGCGUUUGAAUCUCAUACAGAAGAAGAAGUGCUAUGGAGGAAAAAAAUUGACGAUUGACUGUACGAUUAAACCACUAAAUUCAUGCCUAUGUGGGAACCAUUAGGACAUAUUUAUCUAGCUGAAUCCAAGAAAAAUAGACUUGUGAAGUGGAAUGUCAUACGGACGACGCCAACAUGAACUCAGAAGGGCAUCAAAUGUGUCUAAUACGAAGUGAAGAGGAAGCUCGUGUUAUUGAGAUAGCGGUAAGAACAGCUGUACUGAGCGUGGUAGAAGUGAUAAAUGACAUCAACAAAACCCGACUACAUGAAUAUCAAAAGGAAGUUGCAGAAAAGGACAAAGAGAAUGCACAUCUCAAAGCAGAGGUCAACAAAGCGGUAAAAGAACUGGCGUUUCUGCGUCAGCUUGUGGGUUUUCGAGAACAAGGUGAAAGAAGUGUGCGAAACGCAAGCACUGGUACACAGGUAUCAGGAAAUAAAUUGAGCGUGGAGACGUCUUGUUGUGUUGAAGACGGGACUGUGAAUAAAGGCGUGACAACAGUCCAAAGCAGUGUAAAACAGUCCAAAAGUCAUAGUAUUGAUAUCCAGAUCGAAUGUUCGAGUGAGGAGACCACUGCAGUUCAAGAUGAUUCCGCUGCAGGCUCUUCCAAUCCAAAUGGACAUUUCUGCGCGCCAUCAGAGUACUCAGAAGACUACACAGACUUUACUGCUGCAGUGAAUUUCCCUGUGGUCAAAGAAGAGCCUCCUAGUAGGGACAGUGUUUACAUCAAGUUUGAGGUGAAGGAGGAAAACCCGUGCACUGACCAAGACGACGACAGUUCGCCAUCAUGUCUUUUGGAGAGAGAGCCCCUGGAGAACUACCAUUUCCAUCACCAUAGAGACAGUACGUUUGGAACCAGAACUAUCAGUGCGUUUGGAACCAGAAGUAUACCUUCUUACUAUAGUUCUGGACCGUUCGACAGAAGACUGUCCUCUGUCUCCAGCUUUAAAAAGAGGUGUGAUGAUCGAGAGAGGCAGCGGCGUUACAGGGAGAGGAUCCGUGCUGACCCAGAGAAACAGCAAGCUUACCUGGAGAGGGACAGACUCAGAUACCAGCAGAGGAAGAAGCUGAUCUGUGACCUGCCGGAGCAGAUCCAGACGCAGAAGAGAGCAGCGUGGAGAGAGGCGGCCAGGAGGAGCAGAGCCAAGAAGAAAUCCCACCCCACCGACUGGCCAGAGCCUCUCUGACUAGCAGUUAGACAGGAAGAAAUCCCACCUCUCCGAUUGGACAGAGCCUCUCUGACUAGCAGUUAGACAGGAAGAAAUCCCACCUCUCCGAUUGGACAGAGCCUCUCUGACUAGCAGUUAGACAGGAAGAAAUCCCACCUCUCCGAUUGGACAGAACCUCUCUGACUAGCAGUUAGACAGGAAGAAAUCCCACCUCUCCGAUUGGACAGAGCCUCUCUGACUAGCAGUUAGACAGGAAGAAAUCCCACCUCUCCGAAUGGACAGAGCCUCUCUGACUAGCAGUUAGACAGGGGGCAGGUUGAGCCAGGACGCAAAAAGGACUACAGACACUCGAUUUGUAGGCACAUUUGAUCGUUUGAGUGCUGCACUCUACACGCUACUGAAUGCUGUGAAGACAGGGUGCAGUAGAGAGAAAUGCCUUGGUUUUGUCAGUUGAAAGCCCCCUGAUGUUCUUUGUUGUAAUGACUGUUGAUUGCUUGUGACGCUACUCUAACCUUAGGUUCUAAUUAUUCUGAUGAAACAAUUAUUUCGGAGAGUAGAAGUCUUUCAGUAAGACAGAAAACAAUUAUCCACUGAAAGGAAUGAAACUAUUAUUAUUACUAUUACUACUACUAGGGUAAAUGGAUCCACUGUUCCCAGCGAUGCUUGACUGGUGUCCAGCAGCUACCUUUCCUAGGUAUAUUGGACAGUUUGAGGACCACACUCUAAUCACUACUGAUGGCAGUGAAGGCAGGGUGCAGUCAAGAACAGUUCCUCGGUUUGUGUCGUUUGAAAGUCCCCUGAUCUUGUUUAUUGUAAUGACAUAUGUUGAUAUCCUGAAUGUGGUGAUACUGUAACUUAAAUCUGUUUAGGUUUUAAUUCUUCUGAUGAAACAGUUCUUUAGAGAGUAGAUGCCUUUCAGUAAGAUGGCUUGUUCAAUUAUCCACUGAACAGUAUGUUUACUGUUGUAGUGCGAAUUUAUUCAUAGUGCCCAGUGAUUUUUUUAAUUUUUUUGUCUGGUCUCCAGCGGUUACCUUCGAUAUAGUCAUUUUCUUUUCUUUCAUCAUGCCAUAUUUCUUGUAUGGUUAUGGAGACCUUGGUGUUCAGUUGUCAAACUGUCGUUUAUGAUGCAUGAAGGUUGCAUUUAUAAAUACAGACCCACGCAGUGUGAAUAAUGAAUUACAUUCCUAAUUGAUGCAUCAAAAAAGUUUGAUGGUCAAUAGUGGAAGUCAUGGUAGUCUAUAUUUCAAUUUCUUCUUGAACUUAAAAAAAACCAACCACAGACAUACAAUUGUAUAAAACAUUUUUAUUGAAAUUUGAUUGAAAAUGAUUUUAUUGCCAAAUGAGGCGACUGGCUACGGUGGAGAGGAUGGCGACAUGGGUUGGAGGAAUGCUUUUCUGGAACAGCCCUUGAAGUGAUGAUUUAACACAAUAAACAACAUUUAAUGCA